AUGAAGGUCGAUCUAUCAACUCCUGACAACGUCACUCAACACCUCAACAUAAUAUAUCUUGUUACUCCUCUUAUGACAUCAACGCGAAUUGAUCAAUAUCAAUCAUCAUCAUUGAACUACCAAACACCAGAUAUCAUGCAUGCCUUUCGAAUGCGUCUCGACACAACGAUGAUGCACCAACAUUGUUCAACACAUACGUUUGAUACACCAACAGAUUCAGUACAUCUACAGGAAUCGAUCCAUAUAAUGCAAAGACGACCAAAUACUGCUCACUUGGAUUGCCGCACACCAACCAAGGACCAACAUCAUCCAACAACUCUUUUGAUACUCCAACAGACUCGACUCAUCAAGAUGAAGCGAUAUAUAGCACAUUCAUUGCCGUUCAUCGUAAUCUCCUAUAUCAACGGUGGAUCAUCAACAUCAACAGCUAUAGUCCAACAACAAUUCAAGAAAUCUACUAGUGCUUGGAUCCAAAGACAUCCAGCACCUGCUGGAACACCAGAUCCUACCAACUACUUACAAAGUUCACCUAUUAAUCAUCAUCAGACUCGACUCAUCAAGAUGAAGCUUCAUUCAUUGUUGGAG